GCUGAGUCGGCGUCUCUUAGCAACGGAAUGGACGCCGACGCCUGAGGGAGGCGAGAUAUUGCGGCGACGCUGAAGCUCGUCUAAGGGAGCCUGGCAUGUCGAAGUUAAGCAAAAAGAAGGAGCUGGUGAAGAGCAACAACGUUCUCCAGACGCCCUUCGCCCCUAAAGACCUUUGGGGUGUCACUGGAUCAGCCUCUGCUGUAAACCCUCAAGGUGCUUUGGGUGAGUCUAGGAAGCCAAGAUUUCCUAUCUGGCCAGAAUGGAACGAAGUAGAUAUCAAUGCAGAGAAGUGGGAUGCAGGAAAAGGUGCAAAGGAAAAAGAUAAAGCUGGAAGAAGUCCUAUUUUACAUUUCUUUGAAGAUCCAGAAGGAAAAAUUGAAAUGCCCCCUUCUUUAAAAGUUAGUUUCUGGAAAAGGCCACAAGAAAUCUUAGUCACUAAGGCAGUUAUAAAUUAUUUCAAGAUUUUGAACAUGUAUAAGCCUUCAUAA